AUGCCCCAGCCUCAAAGGUCUGUCCCCGGAGCCUCAUGGGGAACCGAAAGCCCUGAAUCAUCAGCCCCCCUCCCUGAGGCAGCUGGUGUCCGUCAGAGCCACGAGCCCAUCUUGCGUGGCCUCCCGCCACCCCCAGCCCAUGGGGCCCAGCAUGUCGCCAGCCCCACGGCCGAGGAGGGGGUCACCUCAGCACCUGUAAAACCAGCCGCCCCGCCCCAGAGUUUAUCAGGGACGCGCAGGAAGGGCCGGGCGGGACGGACAGACGGACGAUCCGGCAGCGUCUUCGGCAUGGGGGCCCUGGUCCUGCUGCUCUGCCUGGCAGUCUGCAUCUUCACCCCGCCCGGUGAUGGGGCCCAGGAACUAACCACGCCCGGCUCCGGGAUCGAGGCCCGGUGCGACGGCUGCCCCCGCCAUAAGUCAUCGGCCACCCUCGUGCCGUCUUUCACCAAAACCACCCCCACCACGCCCCACCGCACGACACGCCCCACCAACCACACCACGACCCACCCGGCCAACCACACCACCCCGCACCCGGCCAACCACACCACGACCCACGGGACCCACCACACCACGACCCACCCGGCCAACCACACCACCCCACACCCAGCCAACCACACCACGACCCACCCGACCAACCACACCACCCCGCACCCGGCCAACCACACCACGACCCACCCGACCAACCACACCACGACCCACCCGACCAACCACACCACCCCGCACCCGGCCAACCACACCACGACCCACCCGACCAACCACACCACCCAGCACACGACCCCCCACCUCACCACGGCGGCCCCGACGCUGCCCCCGGACGCGGCGGUAGGGAACUACUCGGUGUGGAACGGGUCGGACAUCUGCCUCCGGGUUCAGUCGGGCCUCCAGAUCCGGAUCCAAUACGAGAACCGCUCCAAAGUGCGGCUCUGGGGCGCGUUUGCCGUCCAGCCGAACCACACCAUGGUGGCGGGAACCUGCUCCCAGGACUCAGCCACCAUGAACAUCACCUUCGCCCAGGGCUUCCUGCACUUCACCUUCGUGAAGAAUACAACCCAAAACGCUGUCUACCUGCACGAGGUCCGAGCCAGCCUGAGCGUCCACUUCCCUGGGGCCACACAGAGCCGGUUCGCGGCGCAGAACAGCAGCCUGCGGGAGUUCGAAGCCCGGCUGGGGCACUCGUACCAGUGCGGGAAUCGCAGCCUGGCGCUGGCCCCCGCCUUCCGCCUCGACGCCCUGCACGAGCGGCUCCAGGCCUUCGCCCUUCCCGGGGGCCACUUCGGGGACGGUACGGCCCCCCUCGGCCCCCCCAGCCCCUCUGCUGCCCCAGCAACCUCCCAUCUCCCCCUGCCCCCCAUUUCCCCGAUCCGACAUUGA